AUGAGGGAGAGAAGAGAGCAAAUACCGUGUUUGGAUCCUAAAUACGGGUUUUCUGUGUUCCUGAAUAUAGGCUUCUGUGGCACUGUGUUUCUUAACUGGUAUGCUGCUAGCGCAGGAACUGUUCUUAUCAGAAGCAGUAGUGGCCAGCUAAUGCUAGUAUCUCAACAAGCAAUAGCACGAGCACAGAGUCAGCCACAAAAUAACACAAACGUGAGACCAUCUGUACCGACCAGCACACCUACAAUCAGAAUAUGUCCUGUACAGAACUCUGGCACCCAGUUACUAAAGAAAGAAGCAGCUACUCCUGUGAAAACAUUAUCUCAAACAACAAAUGCUGCGGCUUCUGUUCAGCCACCUACUGUAAUGCAGCCAGCAGCUGCAACAGCUAGUGUUACUACAGUUACUGCUGUAAAGCCUUUGAGUACUGGAACACCUGUAAAACUUCCAGUUACAGGACCACCUGCACAAGCUAUCUCCCAAAAGGCAGUCUCUGUGAAAGCAGAGGGCACAACAGUGGCAGAGACCAGUGCUUCUACAGAGAUGUUAGAGAAUGUGAAGAAAUGCAAGAAUUUUCUUGCCACGCUAAUAAAACUGGCAUCUAGUGGACCUCAAGCCCCCGAGAUGGGGCAGAAUGUGAAGAAUCUGGUGCAAAAUCUACUGGAAGCAAAAAUUGAACCAGAAGAAUUUACAAAAAAGCUAUACAUAGAACUCAAGUCGUCUCCACAACCGUAUUUAGUUCCUUUUCUCAAGAAAAGCAUGCUUGCCUUACGGCAGCUCAUGCCCAAUGCUCAGAGCUUUAUCCAGCAGUGUAUGCAGCAGCCAGCUCCAACCCAAGAAGCUGUUUCCACUUGUACCUCUGCAGCACCAGCUCUUUCAAUAGCAGUGGCAACCUCGGCUGUAGCAACAACUUCUCUUCCAGUUGUAAAACCAGUGUCUGCGUCUGUAACAGUCACAGCCUCUCCGGUUAUAAAGCCAGUCCUUGUCAGUGCGUCGACGACAGCUUCUCUGCAGACGGUGAGGCCGGUUCCUGCCUCUGCAGUGGUGACAGCAUCUCUUCGUCCUGCCACUUCAGCCCUCACCACAACAGUAGCAACGUCAGGGCUGACUGCUAUCCAAACUGUCAAGCCAGUCUUCACCUCUGCGGUAGUAGCAUCUUCUCUCCAGUCUGCAAAGCCACUGCUGGUCUCCACAGUGGCACCUUCAGCAACAACCCCUCUCCACCCUCUGAAACCAGUCAUUGGAACCCCAAUCAGUAUUAAAAUCUCGCAGCCGAACUCCAUCGUUGGGCAGUCAGUGGGUGCUCAGCAGGUGGUUAAAGUGAAACAGUUGGUAGUCCAGCAACCAUCAGGAACUGUUGUAAAGCAAGUAUCCACACUCCCGCAACCCUCAGCGCUGACCCUGCAGACAUCUGCUGAGAAAAGGAUGCCGCUGAAUACGCUUGUUCAAACUAGCCAAUUUCCUGCAGGUUCCAUUCUGAAACAAAUUACCCUGCCAGGAAAUAAAAUUCUGUCGCUUCAAGCAUCUCCUCUUCAGAAGGCUAAAAUAAAAGAGAAUGGAGCAACAUCCUUCAGAGAUGAAGAUGACAUAAAUGAUGUGACUUCUAUGGCUGGGGUCAAUCUUAACGAGGAGAAUGCGUGCAUUUUAGCAACCAACUCUGAGCUCAUUGGUACAGUGAUCCGCUCUUGUGCAGAUCAACCUUUUCUCUCCUCAGAAGUGCUUCGGGAGAAGAUCUUGAACAUAGGUAAAAGGCAUGACAUUAUGGAACUUAACUCUGAUGUUGUGAACUUGAUCUCCCACGCUACACAGGAGAGAUUACGAGGGCUCCUAGAAAAACUAACUGUAAUUGCUCAGCACAGAGUAUCAACCCACAAGGGGAGUGAUAGGUACAUCGUAUCUAGUGACACCAGAGCACAGCUGAGAUUUCUUGAAAAGCUUGAUCACCUAGAAAAGCAGAGAAAGGCUGAAGAGGAACGUGAAAUGCUGCUUCGAGCAGCCAAGAGCCGUUCCAAUAAAGAAGAUCCAGAGCAACUGCGGUUAAAGCAGAAAGCAAAAGAGAUGCAACAAUUGGAGCUAGCACAAAUGCAACAAAGAGAAGCCAACCUUACAGCUUUGGCAGCCAUUGGACCAAGGAAGAAGAGACCGUUGGAUUCAUCAAACAUUGGAUCUGGGCUGGAGGGUUUGAACGGCAGUGGACUUGCUCCUGGAUCAUCAGGUUUUAGCCUUACGAAACAGCUGCUCUGUCCAAGAAUAACCCGUGUCUGUCUCAGGGACUUGAUAUUCUGCAUGGAACAAGAGAGGGAGAUGAAGCAUUCUCUGACCUUGUACCGUGCUCUUCUGAAGUGA